AUGGCGCCGUGGUGGCUCCCCUCAACCCAGCUGCGUUCGAGAAGCAGGUCGGCGGGCAGGCCGCGGAUCAAGUACAGGUCGCUGAGGGAAAUCCUCAGCACCGCCGGCCGGGCGGUGGUCCUCGACAGCGACGACGAGGAUGUCGACGGUGACGCCUUCUACAGCCGUAUGGCCUGCGAGCAAUGCGGCAGCGGCGACCGCGGCGCCGAGCUGCUGGUCUGCGACGAAUGCAAUCGAGGGUACCACAUGCUCUGCGUCCGCCCCAUCGUCCCCCGAAUACCUAACGGCGCCUGGCUCUGCCCUGCCUGCUCCCGCCAGCUCCAUCUUCCCCUCGAAUGUUAUACACAAAGGAAGCUUUUCGAGUUUUUCCAGAUUGAGAAGGAUAAGGAUGGGGAAAGCACUGCGAAGGAAUGCGGAUCCACCAAAGAUUCUAAAAAGCGUCGCCGGCGUAGCCAUACAUUGGUGGUUCAAAAGCGACGAAGAAGAUUGCUGCCAUUUGUUCCUACAAAGGAUCCAUCAAGACAGUUGGUACAGUUAAGAUCUCACGCCGAGGCUUUGCGAGCUCACGGCAUGGAAUUCUGCAACGAGUUGACUUAUGUGCCCGGCAUGGCCGACAGAUCAGAAAAUCAAGCUAAGUUCGAAAAUGGAGGAGAAAUUCAGAUUCUUUCAAGGGAAGAUAUCGCCACUUUGGAGCUGUGCAAAGCUAUGAACAAAAGAGGAAAGUUUCCGCCUCUUCUUGUAACUCAUGAUGAAGUUGAAGGGUAUGUUGUCGAAGCUGAUGGCCAUAUAAAGGACAUGACCCUAAUUGGCGAAUAUGCAGGGGACGUCGACUACUUCAAGAACCGGUUUCGCGACGAUUCUGAUAGCAUGAUGACCCUCAUUUCUGCGACCAAUUUUGUCGAAAGCCUUGUAAUUUGUCCCGAUAAGCACGGGAACAUUCUCACCUUCAUUAGCGGCAUAAACAAUUCAACUCGGGAAAGUAAGAAGAAAGUGAAUAUCAAGUGCCUGAGGUACGAUGUGAAUGGCGAGUGCAGGGUUAUUCUUGUUGCGGCGCGGGAUAUCGCCAAAGGCGAGAGGCUGUACUAUGAUUACAACGGCCACGAACACACCUAUCCGACUCAUAAUUUUGUCUGA